GUGGAAGUUGUGCCGUGCCGUAGGGCGCAACGAGCCUUUCCCUUACACACGGCAGGUACCUAGUCACACAGCUUCCACUUACAGCUACCUCUACCUCUACCACAGCAGCAGCAGCAGCAGCAGCAGCGAAGUCACUACACCUAGGUGCCUCGACCUCACCUGCCUUUGUCAGUGUGGGUGGGCACCUCAUCCAGGUUGGUGGUCUUCAAUAAGUGGAAGCAGCAGCACCCCUCCCCAGCUCCCGCCCUACUACCUUACGACUCGAUCAUUCAAGGAUAGCAUCCAUCUCUUACAUGUUCAACCUUCUUCAACUGCGCUUUCGCAACACCAUUGUGGAUAUCGAAGAUACUUUAUACGACAUAUCUUUGGAGCCGCGCCUCAUGCCGAACUCCCUCGACGUCCACCAGCGGCAGACCCGCUCCAAUGUCUCGACUCCGACUUUGCGUCCUCGAGAUGAUACGGCUUCGUCUUUCGUUUCCAAGGAUCCCGGGGCAAAUGUUCGGGUGGUGGUGAGAGUAAGAGCAUUUUUGCCUCGCGAACUCGAGCGCAAUGCUAAAUGCAUUGUUGAGAUGGACCCGGCAACAGAACGAACAUCCCUUCUGGUUCCCCAGGAGACAGACUUCGCUAAUGCUCGAGGUGCCCGGUCUCGCAGGGUACUGGAGGAGAAGUCGUUUACCUUUGAUAAGAGCUUCUGGAGUCAUAAUACAGAAGACGAGCACUACGCGACACAGGAGCAUGUCUACGACAGCUUGGGCGAGGAAUUUCUCGAUCACAACUUCGAAGGAUACCACACCUGUAUCUUUGCCUACGGUCAGACUGGCUCGGGGAAGUCUUAUACCAUGAUGGGAACGCCCGAUCAACCCGGACUUAUCCCCAGAACUUGUGAAGAUCUGUUCCAGCGCAUUGCUUCCGCCCAGGACGAGACGCCCAAUAUCAGCUAUAAUGUCAAAGUCAGCUAUUUCGAAGUUUACAAUGAACAUGUGCGAGACCUUCUCGCUCCUGUCGUGCCCAACAAGCCGCCAUACUACCUCAAAGUCCGCGAAUCUCCUACCGAGGGUCCAUAUGUCAAAGACCUGACCGAGGUUCCCGUGCGAGGUCUCGAAGAGAUCAUCAGGUGGAUGCGUAUUGGCGAUAGAAGCCGCACAGUAGCCAGCACCAAGAUGAACGACACCAGUAGCCGCAGCCAUGCCGUCUUUACUAUUAUGCUCAAACAGAUCCACCACGACCUAGAGACAGAUGAUACUACAGAGCGCAGCAGUCGUAUCCGCCUUGUCGACUUAGCUGGCAGCGAGCGAGCAAAGUCCACCGAGGCGACUGGCCAACGCCUCCGUGAAGGGAGCAAUAUCAACAAGUCCCUAACCACUCUGGGGCGUGUCAUCGCCGCACUUGCCGAUCCGAAGUCAAGCGCAAGCCGCCCUUCUUCUCCCGUAAAAUCCGGAAGAGGACGAACGCCAGGGCCAGCCAACUCCGUGGUCCCCUACCGUGACAGCGUUCUCACCUGGCUCCUCAAAGAUUCCCUUGGCGGCAACUCCAAAACCGCCAUGAUAGCCUGCAUCUCCCCCACCGACUAUGACGAGACGCUCUCCACGCUCCGCUACGCCGACCAAGCCAAGCGCAUUCGUACCCGUGCCGUGGUCAAUCAAGUCGAUGGCGUCAGCGCCGCUGAGCGCGACGCCCAGAUUGCCGCCAUGGCUGCCGAGAUCCGCCAGUUACAGUUGGUUGUGAGCGACAGCCAAACCCGUGAAAAGAGCGCUCUCGACGCCGAACAGCAGCUCGAGGAAUAUCAAGCGCGUGUCCGAGGCCUGCAGCAGCUGAUGGAGGAGAAGAGCCUGGUGGCCGAGGGCAAAAUCCGGUCUCUACAGACGGAAAAUGAAGCGUUGCGGUUGCAUCUCAAGUUGGCCCUGGAGAGUCUUCGCAACCCUAUCAAGGUGUCUUCAUUCCCCACUACCUCGCUGGCCAUGUCCGCCGGGGACUCGACCGUGCCGCUGAUGGCCAUGGGUGAGGUUAGUACCGCCCACGGCCGAAAGAUGGAAAAUAAGUUGGUGGACGACCCCUUCGUCGAUAGCGGCAGUGGCGUCACUAGUGAUGACGAUCAAGGCCUCAUUUAUGGACAUGAUGAUGAUUAUGACACUUACGAAGAAGAAGACGACGACGACGAAGAUACAAUUGAUCUCAGCGAAAAGGCUCAUGACAUGAACGAGUAUAUGAGUGGUUUGCUCAAGGAUUUGAGCAUGUUUAGACGCAAGAUCGGGGAUGAUAAGACGAGGUUUCUGGAUGAGUUGGGCGUCAGGAAACCGCUGGGGGUGAGGACUAAUAUCAUAUGAUGACGAAGUUGGUCUGGAUUCGACGUGUUUUGGUGAACGGAUUGAUGGGAUAACGCAAGCAAGCCAGGAAGGAGUUUACGGACGGCGUUUUACAAAGGUUGAACGUAUGAGUCAACGAGUUUGGUCCUGGUGGCGUGGAUCUAUAGCUUGAGGAAAAUGAGAAGGGCUUUACAUGGAAGACGCAAAGGAUAGGAAAGGGAAGGAAAGCAGGUAAAAGCCAUGGCGAUGGGUGGAGUUUGGCCUGGACAAGGUGCGGCGGUAGGCAUUUGCUUUCAACUUCACAUUUUCUUUCUCUCAUCGUUGUCUUCAUUAUACACCGGAGUUAUGUACAAGUUCUGGCUCGGCGUGGUUUCGGUUUCUCUUUGGCAAUAUCUGUAUUUCUUAAACUUCUAUUCCCCGGGUAUAUCGUUUUUCUGCGGUCAGUAUGGGGCAUAACAAGCAUAAUGCUCCAUCAGGGACUUUUAAGGUCUAAAUCCAUCAAUGGAACUUGAUUGACAUCCGAAACAAAAGAAGAGUAUUCCCA